UUGAUCUUUUAGAAAUAGGAAAAUUGACCGCUGAAAUGGCUCGUUUGCAAUGGGUCUGAUUUCCUCGUCACGGUGACGCUCUCCCACAAAUUAUCUCCAGCAGAUUCUGCUUCCUUCCCUCUUGGUUUCGUUGCUUUCCGCCCUUUCCGCUGUCCAAGUUUGAUUCUUCGUCAUGAGCUAGGCAUCGCGUUACACGCCUACUCCAACCCGAGCUUAGAUCCGACGCAUGUUUCAGGGUGUGCAUGCGUUUUUCGUGGAGGGGGGAGUGCACAGGGCCCGGAUCCAGGUGUGGAAGCGGAAAGUCGCGCAGCUAGGGGGGGAGGUAGCAGCAAGCCCCACAGCGGCACGUGUCACCCACGUGCUGGCUGCGGAUUGGCGGCGAGUGCAGCAAGUCACGACGUGGCAAGCCCCUCUUCCUGGGGUUACAGCUGUUGAGUUCGCUUGGAUUGAAAACUCCCUCAAGCAUGGGUCACGGCUGCCCGAAACAAAGUUUCUUCUCUGCCCGAGCAGUGCACGGUUACAAAAGGGUGAAACGACACGCACCUCUCAAAUUAGUGCGUCAGCUACUGGUUCUGGUGAUGCUGGAGAUCUCACAAGAUCCCCGGAGAGAAUCAGAAAUGGACACGUGGUCACUGCUGUUGACAGCACAGGCAUAGAGGAUAGAAAAGGAAAGAGAGGUGGACAGGAAAAUGGAAGGAAGGAGGAGGGUAAGGAUGAAGAGAACUCUGAGUUCACUUGGAAGUCGCUUGGGGGAAAGGUGGGAGGGGAGGAGGUGGAGAGUGAUGAGGAGGGGGGAGGCGAGGCAACGGCUGGUUCUGCUGCACAGGCUGGGCGGCAGGAUUUGGAGCUAUCUGAGGAGGAGAAAGCGUUUUGGAUGGAGGUGAUAUUCGAGAGUGCAGCAUGGGGGGCAGGGGAGGAGGUGCUGGGCCACACUCGGGGGCUGUGUGUGACACGGGAAGGCGAGAGGGGGGUUGACGCACAGGGAGGGAGUGCGGUUGAGAGGGACGGGGAGUCCAGUGAAAGGGACCAGGGUGAGAGGGCAGGCAGGGAGGAAAGGGAGAAGGGGAGCAGCAGGGAUGAGGAGGGGGAGGGGAGAGGCAAUAGGGCGGAUUCGCAGUGGUCAGUUGGGUCUCAGCUCCCAAGUGCGGACUCACAACAGGCAGACUCACAGGCUGGUGCAUGCGGUUAUGUAGACGCCUACUCUCAGCCCCAGCAAGAGGGGUCGCAGCAGCAGUGGCAGUCACAGUCACAGAGCCAGCAGAGGGAUCUGAAGCAGCAUCACGAGCUUCCCAGCCUACAGGCUCUCUCGCAAGAGCCAGCAGCGUCAACUGUGUCAGCAGCACCACCAUCAGCAGCUGACCCCGCACCAGCAGCAUCAGUAGAACCUGCACCAGUGGCACCGCCCCCCGCAGCACCGCCUUCAGUAGGGUCAGCAGUGCGCUCAGCAGGAGGGGCGGCUGGGUGGGAGCGGUUGAGAGGGCGCGGGUGCUUCUGCCGGGGGCUGUACCUACCUCCCAACCUCAAUGCGCGCAUCUGCCAGCAGCUGACCGAGCUGAAGAACAUCUACAAGGAUGGUCUGGGCGACGAGUGGCGGUGGUUCAGCUACUACAAGGCGCUCAGCGUGCUCGAGAAGCUGCCCUUCCGCAUCCGCUCGGCCCAGCAGGUCCACGGGCUGCCCAGCAUCGGGAGCUCGCUGCAGGGCAAGAUCCACGAGAUCCUGUCAUACGGCAUAAUCAAGAAGCUGCGGGCAUUUCAAGCGGAUGAGAUGGUCCGCACCCUGGCUCUCUUCGGCACUGUGUGGGGCGUGGGCCCCACCACGGCCCGCCGCUUCUACUCUGCCGGCCACCGCACCCUUCGCCAGCUGGCGGGCGACCCGAGCCUGACGCCAGCUCAGCAGAUCGCGCUCCGGUUCCAUGCGGACAUCAACACGCGGAUCCCGAGGGAUGACGUGGCGGUGAUGGAGUCGCUGGUGCGGAGGGAAGGAGUGGCCGUCCAAGCAGGGAUCUCCAUCAUCUGCGGUGGCUCAUACCGGCGUGGCAAGGCAUCCGCGGGCGACAUGGACUUCAUUAUCACUCACCCCGAUGGCGCCAGCCAUCGCGGCUUCCUGGAGAGGCUUGUUUCACGUCUGAAGCGCGUGGGCUUUGUCACAGAGGACCUAGUUGUUGGCACACACCACUCCAAGCAGCCGCAAGGGGAGGGCAAGGGCGUGGACACAUACUUUGGUCUGUGCAAGCAAGCAGGCAGGGAGCAGCGGCAUCGCAUCGACUUCAAGGUGUAUCCGUGGGCGCAGUACCCCUUCGGCCUCAUACAGUGGACUGGCAACGACGUGCUCAACCGACGAAUGAGGCUGUUUGCGGAAGCCAAGGGCUAUAGGCUGGACGAUCAUGGUCUCGUGUUGCGAGACGCUCCACCAGGCACAACAGCAGCCAAGUCAGUUCCGUGCAAGACCGAGAGGGAUGUGUUUGACUUCUUGGGCCUGCCGUGGCUGGAGCCCCACGAGCGCAAUCUCUGACAUCUCUGACAACCCUGUCGGAGCAGAAUCUCUGACACCUCUGACAACCCUGUCAGAGCAGAAUCUCUGACAUCUCUGACAACCCUGUCAGAGCAGAAUCUCUGACAUCUCUGACGCCGGUAGCAGAAUUUGUAAGAGCCGGGCCCCUGAGAGGAAUCUAUGUUAGGUGUGGCUGAUGGCUAUAAGCAAUCCCAUGCAGAGAGUGUUAUCUUCCUAAUAGAAUGUAGCAUGGACAGGAGAAGCCAUUGUUGCAGUCUGCACCUGUUCUCACCAUCACCUUAUCCACGAGGCUUGAUGCUGUGUGGGUGUGUCCCUCGCUCCGCAAAAAGUGUCAGCCGCUCCGCCAAAAGUGUCCAAAGGUGAA